GAUUGGCUGCCCUCAUGUUGCUGCUGAUGUGUUGCUCCGAACUCAGCGAGUUUUUUUUUUUUGGAUUCAAACAGAGCAUUUUUGUGCUGUAGGAGCUUCACGGAGUGAAAAUAAUGCCUUAUUAUCAGACUUGGGAGGAGUUCGCUCGGGCAGCAGAGAAGCUGUACCUGGUGGAUCCAAUGAAGGUCAGGGUGGUGCUGAAGUACAGACACUGCGACGGUAACCUCUGCAUCAAAGUCACAGACAACGCUGUGUGUCUACAGUACAAGACAGAUCAGGCUCAGGAUGUAAAGAAGAUUGAGAAGCUCCAUGGAAAACUGAUGAGACUCAUGGUGUCCAAGGAGACCCACAGCGGCGCCAUGGAAACGGACUAACACCCCCAGAUAGCACUUCGCCUUUGGAGCGCCGGGACUGAGUUCAGAGGACUUGGUGGUUGUUUAAGGCACAGAACCAUCAGUGGGAUGAGGAGUCUGAGAGACAUCGGUAGCUAAGAAGGGAUUUAGAGGAAAUAAUCUGAUUGGCUACAUUGAUGGAUUAUUGUCAGAGCUGUGGAAUUGAUAUUUACUGUAUAUAUUUUAUUCUUUGAGGAGUGAUCAUAGGUUUUUGUUUUCGGAUCUUCUAAACACACAUCUGAUGGUAUUAAUGAAGCAUAAGUCCAGUGUAGACUGUUGAGAUGGUUAAGGAACUGUAAAGAUGGAGAAAAUAUAUUACAUACUUUAGAGGGGUCUGAAUUUGUUUUCUAUUUUCAGCAAGGCACAGAAAUAGACGAAGACAUUUUUGUCAAUGUCUCAUAUUGAAUUUCAAUGCUGCAUUUCAUUUUAUUUUGCUUUGUCCUUAUGGACUUGUGCCUCAUAAAUGAACCCUCAGUUUCUUCAGCAAGUGAGGAACACUCCAGUUUUUACAGAGAAACCUCCACAUCUUCAACUGGCAGAAUAGUUUCAAUAAAUGUUUAUUUCCUCUGGUACAAUCAA